GAAAACGGACGAAGCAAACGUAAACCCCGAGUAGAAGGAUUGCUUCAUCUCACUGACCACUACGGAACCAAACAACUGAUGAUGGCACUCAGAGCUGCUUUGAGGAAUAAGUGCGGUCUUUCAAGCCUUCUGUCCCAGCUGUCCUCCUGCAGCAGUCAUGGCGGAGCCCGUAUGUCACCAGCCUUCAUCGUACAGCAGAGGAACAAUUCCUCAUCUGCAGUUAAAGUAGAUUUUGAUCAAAGCACAGGAGUGGCUGUGCUGCACUUACAAAAUCCACCUGUAAACAGCCUUAGUUUAGAUUUCCUCACUGAGUUCUGCAUCAACAUAGAGAAGCUGGAAAUGGAUAAGAGCUGCCGAGGCCUCAUCAUCACCUCGAGCCAGCCAAAGGUGUUCUCAGCUGGUCUGGACAUCAUGGAGAUGUAUGGGAAAAGUCCAGAGCGUUGUGGAGUGUUCUGGAAAGCAGUUCAAGAAAUGUGGCUGAAACUCUACAGCUCCAACAUGGUCACCAUAGCUGCCAUCAAUGGUUCCAGUCCCGCAGGCGGAUGUUUGAUGUCUCUGACAUGUGAUUACAGAAUAAUGGCUGACAACCCACGUUACAGCAUCGGCCUCAAUGAGACGCAACUCGGCAUUGUUGCGCCUUUUUGGUUUAAGGACACCCUUGUUAAUACAGUGGGACACCGACAUGCAGAGAUGGCCCUGGAGCUGGGGCUUCUCUACAACCCUGCAGAGGCUCUGAAGAUAGGCCUGGUGGACCAACUGGUGCCAGAAGACCAAGUCCUCACCACAGCAGCACAGACCAUGAAGAAGUGGUUAGCUAUUCCAGACCAUGCCAGACAGAUCACAAAGUCCAUGAUGAGAAAGCCGACCAUUGAAAAGCUUGUGUCCAAAAGAGAGGCUGACAUCAACAACUUUGUGACCUUCAUCACUAAGGACUCCAUUCAGAAGUCGCUCCGCAUGUAUAUUGAGAUGCUAAAAAAGAGAAAGGCCUAGAGGAGAGGGACACAUUGCGUAACAGGCACACACAUAUUAGAGCAGUGGUUUGACACAAGUUGCCUUCUGUUUAACGUCUUCAUGGGUGUUAAGAUCCUAAAACAAAGCUCUUCUUAACUAUUUGAUUGUUUUCUACCAACAAAGAAUUACAUUUUCAAAGAUGUGUGAUCCUCUCCUAGUGGGUGGAGACCAAAUUAGCUGCUGGGUACAAAUAAUUAGACAUACAUUGCUGAUGAUUCAGUGGAAAAUAAAGAUUUUCUGUAAAAAUG